AUGACCUUGCGCAAUCCCGAGCGCCUGUUCAUUCAGGAUGUCGACGACUUUGAUGACGAUGACACUGAGAACAGCCCAUUACAACACAUAGCACAAAUCGCCUUCAACCAAAUGGCGUUCGUUACAGGCAACCAUCCUCCUCGAUCCGCGUCUCAACCUCCCACCCGCACCCCUCAGACACCGAACAAAACCGCCAUUCAAAUUCCCGAUUACCCAGAUGUAGUCCACCCCGUCUUCACAGACUUCGGACCCGAAACUCUUGGUCAAUAUGUCCGUCGUGAAAUCAAGAACUUGCGGUCCCAAACCAAUUCGGCAUCCUCCAAAGCCAAAGGCAAAGGACGAGCGCAGCCUCAAACCUCCCCUUCCAAACAACCUCGAGUCUCGAAACUUGCAAAGGCUCCCAGCACUGUCAGUGGUGGCCUGCGUUCAAAACUUCUUUCUGCCAGCCUGGCAUUCCCCUCUUUCGGAAAGUCGCAGACCGAGCCACCCCAACUUGCAACAUCCUCGGACGAAGCCGGACCGAUCCAGCAAGAUGAGAGCGGAGAGACUGCAACUUCCAGUGACGCUGGCGUCCAGAAGCGUUUGCAGGACUCAACUAAUUCCUUCCCAGAAGUGAACACUAUUUCGGUAUCAAGCCCACGUCGUUCUAGUCGAUUGGCAGUGAAGGGCACAUCUCUUGGAGGUGAUCCUACCCUUUCCUCGCGCAUCACGGAGAAUCCCACUGGUUCUGAUGGGCCUCGAUCAUCCCUACUGCUGACCAAUGAUUCGAGAACAUCAGGCUUCGAAGCCCAUACCAAGAGCAAGAGGGAGGCUGUCAGAGCUGCGAAUGUUGAUAGUGCGAGCAUAUUCGAAGAGACGGACGACCGAUUUGAUGACCGCACUAAUCAAGCACGCCUCAGAAAGUCAGCAAGUCGUUCCAAUGACGUUUUCUUUCCCAUUUCUUUGGAGGAGGACUCUACACAGUCCCAGUCCGGCAGUUCUCAGCCCGGCCUUGCCUUGUCAGAUGAUGCUCAGAUAUCCGGUGUUCGUGAUUGCAUUCCGGAGACCCUCCCACCGUACUUGAGCAGUACCGUGACGCCACGGUCGACUACCAGUGCCGCUAAGUGGGCUCCUCCUGCUUUCGACUACAGUCAAAUUGUACCGGAGUCCAUUCCCAAGUCUGUCAUCAAGACCUUCUCCGACUCGGGUCGCAAGCAAAAGCCGCGCCAGACAGGAGCAGCAGCCGAACUCCGGGGAGGUUUGGAUGCACACACUACCUCCACUACAGGAACCACUUCAUCGGCUGACACCGGAACGAAUGAGGGGGAUGGCAAAGAGAAGAUAGUCCGACCUACCAUGGAAAUAUAUCCUCGCGUUCUCCCACAGACUUCUCUGUUAUCCAUCAUGGGUCCACAGACCAGACCUCCGCAACUUCAAAGUGCUGGAAAGGGGAAAUCAUCUGCCAGUGCACUUUCACAGACGACUCCUAGCGAUAGUCUCGAGCGCUUCAACGCCGACCUUUGGUUGAAUGUCACCAAAUAUCUCUCAACUCGCGAUGUUGGCAAUCUUCGUCUGGUCAAUACUCGAGUCUGUCAAUCCCUAUCGUCUAUACAGUUUCGAAAUGUUGUCAUUAACUUUGACAAACAAUUCUUCGAUAACAAUGGCGGUAAUUGGAACGGUAGAUCCGGCGACCUUCCUCCUAAUUCUAUGUUCGAGAAGCAUGGUGACAAUCUGAAUCAAUUUGGCAUUGCGUUCGAGUAUGAUCUGGUCGGCCUUUCAAACGCGAAAGCCAAGGUCAUUGAAAAAGAGGAAGAUGCAUGGUUUGGUAAAUUCACCUGGCCUACUGAGCAGUAUCCUCGAUUUCCAGAACUGCAGCAAAUUGAAGAUCUGGUGGAUCACAACCGCCCUUUACUUAAGGAAGCCUUCAAGUUCAUCACCAAGGCCUCCGAGUUAGGUCUCUGUAUCGACAGUGGUCAUGGCUGGCUUGAAGGUCCAGAUAUCUCGGACAUGGCCCUUAUGUCUCGACGUGCGACCAGAGGUGGCAAGAUCUUUGGUAAGACUUUCCGAGGUGAGGAUAUCUUGGACAAGCUUUGUCGCAAUGAAUACUUCAAAUGGGCGCAGAAGAACACCAUCAACGAAGCAAUCAAGUAUGUGAUGCAGACUCGUUCGCCUUCCAAAACUGCAACCUUGACAGAACUCCAGUCACUUCAAAGUAUUCCAAUCCGGGAAUUGGAGAGUUUUCGGUUCCAACACGAGCAGCAUGACUUUGAUGAAAAGUCACAUGUGGGAGGCACCCCUACUACCGCUGCGCACGGUAUGGGCAACCCAAAUGUAUUGAACUGGGCUGCUCACUUCAAUCCGGCUGCCCAGAAUCCCGCUCCACAUCACCCACGUAUGCUAGGCAACGUUGCAAAUCGUCGGGCACCUCCACCAACGAAACCACAGUGGCCGUUGAUCUUCAAUGGUCAUAACAUUGCAGCCGAGAUGGGAGGCCAGUGUGCCUUUAUCCAGAACAGAACUUUCCUUCCUGCAGCCGCCUCUCUUCGUCCAUGUGCUCUCACAGAAGCCCAGGCACAAUGGUUAAUGGAGACCGUCUGGGCGCAGCGUGCUUUCUUGUCUUCGUACACAACAGCCAUUAUUACCAACAAAACCAACUUCAAGCAUAUUCAUACCCUACGCAUUACCAAGUUGUCAUCUGGUCUUCUGCCAUCUUUGGAACAGAAAGAAUUUUGGACUUCACUUCCAAGCUUGCAGAAGCUGCAGAUGUUGAUCAGCCCUGAUUGGAGACAAGAGCAUCUGACAGGGGAUCGAUUCCACCAAACAAAUAUGCCUAUUCCGCCUCACAAAGCUGCGCAGAGAUUCACCGAGUUCCUGAGAAUGUAUGUAGUACGAGUUGAGAGUCUCCACAGCCUUACCGUUGGCUAUGUUGGAGGUGGUGAGCAUGCUGUUGGUAUGUUCGCACGCAAUCAACACGUUCUACCUGCGCCUAUUGUUUCCUCUCCCGCUGGGUGGCUACUUGGAAACGAGAAACCCAAAAAGCGUGCCGCCCUUACCAAAUUUGAACACAUUAGAGAUCUCAAAUUCGAAAACUGCUGGUUCAGUCCUAAAAUGCUUGAGGAAUUCAUGGUCCAGAGCCGCGACACGAGCUUACAUUCCUUGACACUGGACUCUGUGAGCCUGCUUACGAAACAUGACUCAUCUCUCGAUGCAUCUUUGACUACAAGUGCAAGCAAUCUCCAAUGCAACCACGAAAAGGAGGAUUGGCUUCAAGAACAAAUUCCUCAUGGUGCGACAUGGACGCGAGUUCUGGAUAAGAUCACUCCAGGCGUGACAUUAUUGGACCGUAAGUAUGCUGUUGGACUCAUUGACGAAACAAUGCAUCCCAAACCACCCAAGCCUUUCCGCGGCAACAUUCAGAAGAUUAUUCUCAGCAGCUGUGGCUAUGUCAAGAUCACACUACCCAAAAAUAUUACCCCCACUGUCUUCAAUCAAUACUCGGCUGUGAUUCAUUUACUCUCACCCAUGGACCUUGGCAUCCGCACUCGUCGGGACCGAUUCAACAAGGGAGGCAAUCAAUCGUCAGAAAUCCACGAGCUGGCUGCCCUUGGGGCUUUUGCGCCUCCAAACUUGGGCCGCAGACAGGAUCAACCCGACAUCGGUCUUAACAGAACCGUCAUGAACACUGCCUCCCCCGAAGGAGAAACCUACCCCUGGCUCGGCACCCUGACGCAAUGCGUCCAUCCCAUCGAGAAGCGCGUUUUGGAAAUGGCGUGGAAAUUGGAAUUCGGCUGGCCGGGCAAUUUGGAGCGCUGGGCUGCGGUGGAAGAUGGAUUUUUCGAAGGCGGAACCGGCCGCUUCAGUGGCACCAUUGACAAGGACACGCCGCUGCAAGACCCAACGACUGGAAACGCCGGUGACGAAGACACAUCCGCCAGUGCUGAUCCUACCGCCGCUGCCGAUGCUUACGCUCCAACUGCUUGA